AUGUACGGCUUUGGAAAUACCUACCAGAGCGAUUCCAGCUCGGGCUCGUCCCCAGACAUUACCGGUCUUCUGCCACCAAGACAUCAGUGGCCUCAACAACAGCAGCAGCAACAGCAACAGCAGCAGCUCUCCCAGCUCCAGGCCAAUGCUUAUGCUGGACAGCCUGCUCAGAGCCCCCUCGGCGGUGCCAGCAGCGGUGGUGCCAGCCCUUGCGGAAGCGCGUCUCUGGCCGACUGGGCCGUCCAACACGAGUUUGACCGCCAUGGUGGUCUCCCCACGCCUCCUCCCAGCUCGUCGACGCUCGGGGACACGAAAGACGGCCGACCUGCACCUGACGACCUCCACCGCCUCUACGCGUACACCGGUGCCGUCAGGCAACCCUCACCUCCACAAGGCCGCCAUCACCCUUACCUCGUUUCCAGCGCCGGUGCGAGCGCCGCCGAGUCGUCAGCCUCGGCGGCCCACCGCCGUGCCAUUGGCGCUGGCGCCGACGCACUCAACGCCAUCUCCGCCGACCAGCAGCUCGACGCACUGCAACAGCAGCAACAGCCUGUAAAAUCCGGCCGCCUCGGUGUCAAGCGUCGCCAAAAGUACACUCGUUCCCGCACCGGUUGCCUCGGAUGUCGUGCACGCCGCAUCAAGUGCGACGAAGGCAGGCCUAUUUGCCGGCGGUGUCAGGUCGCCAAGCGCGAGUGCUGCUUUCCUGAUCCUACGGAUGGCAAAAAGGGCAAGGGCAAAGGCCAGACAGAGUCUGAUGAGGACGAGGACGCCGACCAGUUUGCCGGUGGUGCUGAGACAGAUGGCGCUCAACUCGACCUGCCAUUUGACAUCUCUUCCGCCAUCACUGACGGCCUUGGAAUUGAUGGCGCCCCCGUUGGUUGGGAUCGUGCCUUUACAGGAGAGGGGUUUUCUUCGGUCGGCGCCAGUCUUGACGCCGUCCUUGCCAGCGCGGCGGGUCACGCCGAGAAUGGGAAGAACAACCUCCUGGCUCCUCCUCUCCUCAACACCCCAAACUUUCUCCUGCCAUGGUUUCCUACCCCGCAGGAGCAAAGCCUCAUCCUCCACUACUGUGCCAAUGCGGCCGACCUCAUGAUUGCCAUUCCUCAAGGCAUCAAUCCUCUCCUCGCAAUCAACCUCCCAUUGGCUCUUGCUGCUCCUAGAGGAACCAACCUCGCAGCUGAUGCCCUCCGCAUCACACUCCUCGGCAUCGGUGCCGUUCACCAGGCAUUUCUCCUGGCCCGCUCCGGUGUGAGCACCACCCAGACCACCGCCACCUUCCAGUAUGCCUCCAACCUCCGCGACAUGGGCAAGGAGCUCGUUCGCCGUGCUACCCUCCCCGAGGGUGGUGGCAUCGCCUCGGACGCCGCCUUAUCGGCCGGUACCUCGCUCGCCACCAUUGACAUUUUCUUUGGCGGCUCGGGGUGGCAGGAGAACUUUGCCCUCGCCAAGCGGAUGGUCGCCGCUCGUGGUGGCCCCGCUCGCAUGCUGAAGGACUCUACGCCUACGCACCUCUCCGACGGUGUCACUGCUACGCCAUCGCGUCUCAUUCUCGAGAUCCUCGCCAUCUACGAGACGUUUGGCUGCCUCACCAUGGGCGAGGAGCCCGAGCUCAUCUCGGACCGCGACAGCUGGUGGUUUGAGAGCUCUGGCAGCACUUUCGAGGAGCACUCGGUCGAGACCCAGUUUGGCAUGUCGCGCGUCAUGGUUCACCUGUUCUCGCGCACUGCCCGCCUCCUUGCUCGCGCGGCGAAGACGGGCACCGGAUUCCUGCCCGAGGGCAGCCCGACCAACAAGCUCUCGGCCGACAGCGUUCUCCACGUCGACUCGAGCGGAAGCGGUCUUCUCCCCGCUUCCGUCAUGCCCUACGUCUACGUCCCCAGCGAGGACAGCAACGAGCCCGCGGGCCUCGCGUCAGAGGCCGCCCGCCUCAGCCGCGACAUUGACAUGUGGAUCGAGAGCCUUGCGUUCUCGUCGGUCGAGCACGAGCGCGUGCAGGUCGGCAACCGCGCCUACGCCCACGCCAUGAAGAUUCUCCUCCUUCGCAUGGUCUACGGCCGUUCGCGCGACGACUCGAGUGUGCAGGCUGCCGCCCAGGAGGUGCUGCAGCACUGCUCAAUCUCGACCGCCGCCCUGGGCAUGUCGAUCGACCUGAUGUGGCCCGCUGUUAUUGCCGGCUGCUGCGUGCAGGGCUCGGCACGCCAGUGGCUUCUUACCCUUCUCGAGGGAUUCAAGUCGCAGUGCUGCUUUGAUGUCGACACUGCCAGUCGCAUCAUCCAGGAGGUGUGGCGUCGUGUCGACGCCGGAGAGCCCAGGGCGGACUGGAAGCCCGUCUGCGACGACUUUGGUCUCCAAGUCUUGCUCUGUUAAGACACCCGAUUAUACACGAAGGGAACAUUGGAGCCCACUUCGUUGUCGUCGGAAGGGUGUUUCAGCAGUCAGAAGAUGUAGUCAACCCCAAGCUUAGGAUGUUGUAAUGCAACGCACAUUAUCAUUCA